AUGUCAGUUAUUGAGUCUUUCUGUGUAGUAAGCCUCAGUAACAGCAGCAGUUGGGAAGUUGGCGGUGCUUUACCCCCGUGCCUCGGAGAGCACGUAAAGCCGUCGGUCCUGCGCCUUAACUCUGACUGGUCGUGUCGAGCAGUCGUCACACCGGAGUAUGAGAGUGAUAGGAAUAGAGAGUGCACCUGUGUUUGCGCGUACACU